AUGGCAGAGCUGAUUGAAAAAGAUGCUGAAGCUCCUUUGUGUUUCCAAAGCGCCUCUGCCCUGGCUUCUCAUUCUUGGGUCAAUAAGAAUUUGAGUCGUUCUUUCCCAUCCAAUGAGGUGAGGAACAGUCCAGUCAAGUGGGCGGACUGGAUUGACAGACUUCUUCGGAGAUAUGGAGCUCAUUGGAAGAGGGCCGGAAUCUAUGACGCCAUUCUCCUGUCCAAACAAUCCAUCAACAAGGAUGAGAACCUACUUGCCGCUGCCCUCUGUUUCUGA